AUGCCUCCCAAGAUUUCGAAAAAGCGAACCGUCAGUUCUUCCGCAGAGUCACGUCAACCUAAACGCACUCGUGUCAAUGGCGCGUCUCCUACGUCCGCUACCUCAAUUCCUGCAGAGAAGACAUUGAGCAAAACGGAAACUGAUAAUACCAACACCGAGGCUAUCAAACCAAUACCCAAGUUGAAGAUUAUCCUCACGCUCAAGCAAGGUGCAAAAGCAGCCAAAGUAUCCUCAAAAGCGACCCCAAAACAAACAUUCGAUCGUUCAGAGAAAGAAGAUAAGAAGAAAAGUUCACCAACCAGGGUUAAGUCUCAGAAGCCUACCACAACCGGCUCUGUAGAUGACGCGCCGAACAAGGAGAAGAAGAAACCAGAGGUCAAGGAGACUCCAUUGAUAUUGGAAAAGUCUGUCAAAGCGCCCGGAAAACAAUCAGUCAGUCUUUCUAUAGAGGCAAAGAACAAGCUUUCGCCUGUUAGCCCAGAAUCUGACAAGUCCACAACCUCCGCCUGCGUGGACAAUACACCGAGCAAGACCAAGCCAGAGACAAAGAUAAAGACAGACGCAGUACCUCCCGCGAGGAAAAUUAUUGCUCCAAAGCCUAAAUUGUGCAAAUUAGCAGCAAAGCCAGCACAAUUAGCACCCGCACCACCAGCACAAGAUGCGUCCAGCAAAUCCGAAAUUGCAGAAAAAGAAGUCGCUGCUAUUCGGAAGCGAUCAAACGAUAUAGAUGAGGCGAUGAUCAAGACCAAGACCAAGACGAACACAAGGGCAAUCGCAAACCCAACACCUCGCACAAACCAAUUUGUACCCAUCAAUGCUCCGCAACCAAAGUCAAGAGCACAAAAGUCUCUCAAAGAGCUCGAGGAUGCAGAGAGCAAUGUUGUCGAUGGUCAAAUACAACCAGACAAUCCAGAUGACGAGCCGGAAUCCGAACUUAUCACCAAGGAAUUCGAUCCCACAAAUCCGUCACUACCAAAAUCCCCACCUCGAGAUCCUGUCAAGCCCUUUGGGCCCAAAGAGAAAAAAGCUAUCACCAUCUGGAUGCGAGUAAACCACGCAGCUGGAACACGCGGCAAGUUCGUCGCUUUCCAAGAACUCUUGAACACUCUAGGUUGUCUCGACCCCAGUUUCGACAAAGAGAUCAUCGCGAAUUUUCACCACCGAAUCGAGCGAUACAUUAUACGGAUCAAGAAAUCGUUGAAGGAAUGCGGCGCAGUUUUAUUUCGAGAAGAGGAUAAGUUGGAGAUGGAACCGAUAUUUGCGGAUUGGACGGUGGUUUGGUUGGAAGAGGAUUGGGAUGGGGUUAUUGAUACGAGAGUAUAUUAUACUGAUAACUAUCUUGAGAAAUACUCACCUGCUCUUGAUGGAGACGAUGGAGAUGAGGUUGUUGCGGUAGAGAGACCGGUCGACGAACCAUUUGAAGAGGAAGCGGAGAUUCUUUAUGUGGUGGAUCCUGAUGAAGUUGUUGCCAAUGUCACCAAUGCUAACACGAGUAAAGUCAAAGUCCCAGUGUGUGAUUCUAACCCUUACGGAAUGGCGGAUUGGAAAUGA